AUGCUCCAGCCAGGUAUAGGUGACAUUACAUAUGCAUAUUAUAUUAUAUUAUAUUUCAGUUAUAAUAGUCCGUUGUCCAAAGGGAAUCUUUCAACUGCAGUUAAAGAAGGACUGAAUAACAAGGAUUUUAUAAAAUUGGUCGUAUGGUUAUGUGGUGAACUGUCAGCGCUGUACGAAUUAGAUGUUCAUGCAGUUGUAGAACAUGAUGAUCUCGAAUCAUUCCUUUUUGAAUUAAGCUCACUACUUAAUGAAUUGGAAUGCCCGGUUGAUUCUCUUGUUCGUGGACCUAUCACAGAAAGAUUUGUUUCGGUGGAAAGUCGCCAGAAAUUAUUGUUAUUUUUAACGGGUCAUAUACCAACAGCACGUUUAAUUGCUUUGCAGAGGCUUCAGAACUUGUCUCUUAAGCAGAAAACUGCCGAAGUAGAACAUAUAGAAAUUGCCCUUAAAACGUUGGGAUCUGGUCCACCACCACCAGAUCUUACUAUUGAUCAGCUUUUUAAUAAAUUUAGAUCUUUGGUAACAAAUCAGUUGAAUAAAUGCGCGAUUAAGCCUCGACCUCUUUUUAUCGCUACGCUAAAAGAUCCACAGUGGUUAAAAGUCGAAGAAUUAAAUGUUCGUCUCACUCAAGAAUAUCGUAGCCGUAUUCAACUUUUACUGAAACGUCUAGAUGUUACAAUUCAUUCUUUUUUCUGGUCUGAUCGCAUUAAAAAGAUGGAGGAUGAAAUUCUUGCAAUUUAUCGUCCAAUGCGUGAUCGAAUGCUGGUAUUUUCUGAUGUGCAUAUGUAUGAUUUAUUAGCAGCAAAUACAGAUUUGCUUAAUGUUGAAAAAACGAGUAAUGAGAAAUUGCGUGAAAGAACUUCAACGCCUCUAAAUAAAGUAUUAAUGACGAAUCGUCCUGGUGAUCGUGGUGGCAGACCAUCAGAUAUGCGUGCACCUCCUCCGGAAAUGCCUCCUUGGAUGAAAGAAAGAACAUCAGAGUAUUCUAGAGGUGGCGGUGGUGCUAGAUAUGGUGGUGGUAGUGAUCACUUCAGUAGUGGUCGUAGUAAUUAUCAUGCUAAUCAAGAUGCUUAUGCCCGCCAGGGCUCUCAGAGUUUUCAGAGUCAGCUUAUGCAAGAAUAUGGUCAGCGUUAUGAUGGCCGUGGUGGUCAUCGGCAGUUUCGUGGCGGUAGAGGAGGAAGUGGUGGUGGCGGCUAUCGUGGCGGCUACAAUCGAUACUGA